UACUUCAUUUCCCACCAUCAGGCGAAGGCGUUCGAAUCCGUCUUUGGUGGUGUGACCUGUCUGCCGGGAUGUUUCUCCAUGUACCGGAUCAAGGCGCCCAAGGGAGGCCAGAACUACUGGGUCCCGAUCUUGGCUAACCCCGACAUUGUGGAGCACUACUCGGAGAAUGUGGUCGACACGCUGCACAAGAAGAACCUGCUUCUGCUGGGUGAGGAUCGGUACCUGACGACCCUCAUGCUCAAGACGUUCCCCAAGCGGAAGCAGGUCUUCGUGCCGCAGGCGGUCUGUAAGACCACCGUGCCGGACAAGUUCAAGGUGCUUCUCUCGCAGCGUCGUCGGUGGAUCAACAGUACCGUCCACAACCUCUUCGAACUGGUGCUGGUGCGGGAUCUGUGCGGCACGUUUUGCUUCAGCAUGCAGUUUGUCGUUUUCAUCGAGCUCGUUGGCACGCUGGUCUUGCCCGCGGCUAUCAGUUUCACCUUCUAUGUCGUGAUUAUCUCCAUUAUCCGACAGCCGGUCCAAGUCAUUCCGCUGGUGCUUCUGGCCCUCAUCCUUGGUCUGCCCGGUGUGUUGAUAGUCGUGACGGCCCAUCGGUUGGUCUAUGUCGUGUGGAUGUUGAUCUACUUGGUCUCGUUGCCCAUCUGGAACUUUGUCCUCCCGACGUACGCCUACUGGAAAUUUGACGAUUUCACAUGGGGUGACACGCGGCAGACGACAGGAGACAAGGCGAGUAAGGGAGGUCAUGGUGAUGGUGAGGGUGAAUUCGAUAGCAGCAAGAUUACCAUGAAGCGAUGGCGUGACUUUGAAAGGGAACGACGUCUCAAGAACAAUGCGGCGCAGUGGUCGCAGCAACCCACGUCCGGUGGCGGGUAUCCGUCAUAUCAGGGCGGUUACGAGGGCUAUUCGGACUACUAG